CUUUUCCCUUUCCCGCCAUCUGGAAAUUUGGACACUGAAAUCUUUUCAGUGCUUGAGAUUUAAAAUUGCGAAAGCACUCUCAUAUCAAAACAAUGGAAAAUUUGAAGAAGAGAUGGAGUGUGACCUACACGAAGCACAUCAAGCAAAAGAGAAAAGUCUAUCAAGACGGUUUCAUAGACCUUCACAGCUCAACCAACAAGGUCAUGCUAUUUGAUGAUUGUGAGAAGCUAUUAGAAUGUAGGAUAUUGAAGGGAGAAGAAGUUGUUAGCUCCGGUGAAACACUGGCGUUUAAUGGUUACCUUGUCGACGUUGGGGAUCCUGAGGGCGAGGUCGAUCAUAAGCCUGUCUCCGGUUUGAAUUUGCGUGAGAGAGAGAGGAAAAUUUCCGAGAGGCCUAGGCCUAGUUUGAUGAAUCGGCACAAGUUUAAAAGUCCAAUUUCUUCUGAUAAGAAGGAUGCUUCAGAGAAGAGCAAAGCAAAGAUGAAUUGUCUAAGCCCGUCCCAAAAAAUUAUCAGAGAGUUCAAAAAGAGUGAACUGCAAAGAUAUGGAGCAUUACGGAGCUUUCCUGAAUCUCCUGAUACAUUAAACUCUGACGUAAAAGAGUGGCAGGUCAUGUACACAACACAAAUGACUCAAAAGGCCAAGAAAUAUCAUGAUGGUUUCUUGAGACUCACAGAUAGUGGUACCUUAGGGAGGCAGAUCAUGCUGUAUGAUGAAAGAAGACAACUCUUAGACAGCAGGUUCCUUAAAAGGGAUGAGAGAAUAAGAUCUCAAGAAUCAAUAGUAUUUGAUGCUCAUUUGGUUGACAUUGGGGAACCUGAAGGAGAAAAUCAAAUUCCUGUGGAUUUGAAUGUUGAAGGAAAAAAUAGAAAUAAAGAAGGGAUAAUGCACAAACAUCAGAAUAGUCUUGAAUCCAACAAUUCUCCAGCAAAAGGUCACGUAGCUUUUGAGUGGCACGCUCUUUACACUAGCCAGAUAACUCAAAAGGCCAAGAAGUACCAUAGUGGCAUCCUUAGGCUCACUUCUUGUGGUUCUUACAGAAAGCAGGUCAGUUUACUAAAUGAAGAUAAAACCAUCAUGAGCAGUAGGUUCCUUAGUUUAUCUGAAGAUGUGAGAAUAGGGAGUGCAUUUGUAAUGUCAAAGUAUCUGGUGGAAGUUGGUGAGCCUUAUAAUCCCAAAGGAACAGUUCAAGGCAAUGCUUGUUUGGGGAAGGAUGCAGAUUCAAGUAAGAUCUACACCGUAGACAGCACCAAAAUAAGCAACAUUGCUUCCACAAACAAAUCUUUACGUGACAUCCAUCAAAUCUUGUCCAUUCUUCAAAAACCUAUAGCUCAGAAGAGUGUUGCUGUGGGUUGUGAUGACAACAAUGUGAAUGCACCCGUUCUCUCCGCUGAGAAGCUUCAAGUUCCAGAUGCAGAGGUAGACUAUACUAGAGUCUGUGAAUUGCCCAGAGUAUCGGUACCAAAUGAUGGUCCCAGUGAAAAUAAUGAUAAUGGGGCAUCAAGUAAAAUCUCGGGUACCGAGAAAUAUACUAAUAUCAGGCAGUCCAAAGCAAUUUCUACUCUUAGUGGUGGUCAAUUCUCUGGUGACGGAGAAGCUGGAAAUUCUGAUCAGGUUAUUGAUCUCAUGUCGAAAAAAUUUGGUGAGAAGCAAGAUUACAUGCUGGAUGUAAGUCAGCUAAGUCAUUUCGUUCUGAAACUGUAUCUUCAGUUGUACUCUAUGACAAGCAGCUUGCCAAUACCAACUAUAAUUGGUAUAACAAGGCUGCAGAAAAAAAAAAGAAUUUUAAAUAGUUUAAUAAGCCCAGUCUAAUGUAUAUAGUUUGAUAUACCAUCCAAAAUGAAUUCUGUUGCUCA